UUAUCUCCUCUCUGUUUCCGUUCUUGAAGCUCGCGCCUUCAUCACGAGCCCCCACUUUUCAUCACUCUCUCUUCCCAUCUUUACUACUAUAUAUAUUUAUUUUCAAACCCCUCAAAUUAUUCAAUGUUGCAAAAAAACCCCAUGACUUUCAAGUUUCAGUUCACCCAGUUGUGUUGAUCCAUCUUUCUUCAAUCAAUUCGCCCCCACCCAAAAAUCUAUAACAGAGAGAUUAAUUUCUCUUGCCCAGUAAAGAACAAAAGAUUCGCUGCAACCCCACUUUUUUUUUUUUUUUUCACAAAAUGAAACGAGAUCGCGACCGUAGAAAGACAGAGGCGGCGGCGGCGGCGGGGAGUGGCAGCAGCUCCGCCGGGAAGGCGAAGAUGUGGGCGGAGCAGCCGCAGCCGGAUGCAGGUAUGGACGAGCUAUUCGCUGUUCUGGGGUACAAGAUGAAGUCUACGGAUAUGGCGGAUGUUGCAGAGAAGCUUGAACAAUUGGAGAUGGCGAUGGGCUCCACCAUGGAAGACGGAGCUUCGGUUCUGUCGAACGACACCGUUCAUUACAACCCGUCCGAUCUUUCUGGGUGGGUCGAGAGCAUGUUGUCGGAGCUCGGCAGCUCGAGCAACGGAUUCGAUUUGAUUUCCGGUAAUCAAAUUGGAAUCUCCGGCGAAUCUAAUGGCUACGACGACGACCUCAGGGCGAUUCCUGGCGGCGCAAUUUUCAGCAACAAACAGAAGGACGACGCCGUUGACCUCCCCGAGAGCGCUAACAAAAGGACGAGAUCUGAAUUUUCGGACAAUGGGUUUCUGCCCGCCGCCGCGGCGGCGGGGGAUGCGGCGGCGGCGGCGGCGGCGCUGCCGGUGAUGCUGGUGGAUUCGCAGGAGGCAGGGGUGAGGCUCGUCCACACCCUGAUGGCGUGCGCGGAGGCCGUCCAGCAGGAGAACAUGAAGCUCGCCGACGCGCUGGUGAAGCACGUGGGCGUACUCGCGGUGUCUCAGGUGGGGGCCAUGAGGAAAGUCGCCACCUACUUCGCGGAGGCGCUGGCGCGGCGGAUCUACAAAGUCAGCCCGCCGGAGCCGCUCGACUCGUCCUACUCCGACGUGCUCCAGAUGCACUUCUACGAAACCGGGCCCUACUUGAAAUUCGCCCACUUCACCGCCAACCAAGCCAUACUCGAGGCGUUCGCCGGAGCGGACAGGGUCCACGUCAUCGACUUCAGUUUGAAACAGGGGAUGCAGUGGCCUGCACUGAUGCAGGCCCUGGCCCUGCGGCCUGGCGGGCCCCCGGCCUUCAGGCUGACGGGCGUGGGCCCGCCUCAGCCAGACAACACCGAUGCUUUGCAGCAGGUGGGGUGGAAGCUGGCUCAAUUGGCGGAGACUAUUGGCGUGGAAUUUGAGUUUCGAGGUUUUGUCGCUAAUUCUCUCGCCGAUCUCGAUGCGAAUAUGUUGGGUAUUAGGGCCGGCGGAGAGGAGGCGGUGGCGGUGAACUCGGUAUUCGAGCUCCACCGCCUCCUGUCCAGGCCGGGUGCCUUGGAAAAAGUUUUGAAUUCGAUCAGGGCGAUGAAUCCGAAAAUAGUGACGGUUGUCGAGCAGGAGGCGAACCACAACGGUGGGGUUUUCUUGGACCGGUUCAACGAGGCGUUGCACUACUAUUCAACCAUGUUCGACUCGCUCGAGAGCUGCGGCGGUGUGACUCAGCAGCUGCCGCCUAACGGCGGCCAGGACUUGGUGAUGACGGAGGUGUACCUGGGGCGGCAGAUAUGCAACGUGGUGGCGUGCGACGGGGCGGAUAGGGUGGAGCGGCACGAGACGCUGCCGCAGUGGAGGCGGAGGAUGGGUUCGGCCGGGUUCGAACCGGCCCACCUGGGGUCGAACGCGCACAAGCAGGCGAGUAUGCUGCUGGCGCUUUUUGCGGGAGGGGAUGGGUACAGGGUGGAGGAGAAUGAAGGGUGCUUGAUGCUCGGCUGGCAUACCCGGCCGCUCAUUGCCACCUCCGCGUGGCGGCUGACGGCGGUGGGGUAGUGUGGGUUUUACUCGGGCGGGCAUUUGGUUACUGAGUUGUGGGAUGACUCAGCGCGAGUUGAGUGGGUUGGUUGACAACUACAUGAGGUGGAAUGCUGAGUUGGUAUGAGAAUGAGAAGAGAAGAUUGAUGGAGACAGCCCCUAAAAUGAGUCAAAUCCUGUCUUUUUUACAUUUUACUUCUCAUAAAGUCAGCUUCUUGUUUUAAUUUUUUUUUUUUUGUGUGUGUGUGUGUGUGUGUGUGUGUAAUAAUUUUGUUAAUUGUUUAUUAUCCUUUCUAAAAAGUUUUUAUCAUAGUCUAUUUGGUUUGAGAAAGAAAUUAUAAGAGAUAAAUGACUUUGCGUC